ACGAUGUAAGAUAUAAUUUCCUCAUGUAUAACCGAAUCCAAGCGUAAUUUGACUGAACCGCCCACUCGAGGGGUUCCUUCACCCUUGGAACUCAAAAAUACAGGCAAGCGCAGGCGUCUGAGGAUCAGCUGAUCGCUCCUUGACAUUCAGAUUGCAAUUUCGGAUAUAAAAGCUGUAAAAUUAGAAGAACCAGGGGAUUAGAGGGAUAAUGAAGAAGCCAAUUAGAGUAUGGUCACAAGACAGGAAACGUCGAUAUGGAGUUGUUGCCAACAGCUUUAAGGAUGUCAUAGAGAAAGGUGCAGCAAAGCUAGGUAUACAAGAUACAAGCACUUUAACUGUGGUACUGGAAGAAGAUGGUACUGUUGUCGAUGAUGCUUACUGGGAGACUCUGGCACCUGAUACCAAACUCAUCUUCCUAGCAGCUGAUGAGGUGUGGCAUCCUUCUCCACUGUCAGUACCAAGCAACUUGCUGUUUGUAGCUGAUGAAAUAGAUGGUCCGAUGGGAGAUGAAGAGAGGGCAGUCAAUCUCCUCAAGUCACUAGAACAAAAUCCUGCAUCAGUUGCACUGCUAAGCUUGUCUGACCUAGAGGUCAUCAAAGAUGCAAAUUUAAGCUCUUUGGAAUUGCCUAAACAGACCUCAGAUUCUUCCUUGCAGUUACAGGAGUUGUGUAUUGAAUUUUAUGUUAAGAAAAAGAAAGAAGCAGAGGCAAUGGAAUUAGUUGACCUUCUGAAGGAACAUUUAAAGGGUAAUGAUGCAUAAGUUAAAGAUGCUGUUUUUAUCAGCUGCUAAACCUUUAUUAAGGAAAGGCCAUUGUCAGAAGUAGGAACAUGAAUUCCACUGCUAUUUUUAAGAUAUUAAGAGCAGAAGUAGCUUAUAUCAGAAAUGACUCAAGAAUAUGUGGCUUAAAAAGAAUACAUUUGAACCCAUUAUCAAACAGUUUGAACAUCUGUAUUGAAGUAAUGGUAAUAUGCAAGUAAUUCUCUUUUAUGAUGAAAAAAAACAUGAAUACAUUAUAUACUUAUUUUAUGUGGUAAUGUACAUAAUGUUAAAAUAAAAUUCUUUUGGAAAUACAAUUUGCAAAAUCAAAUUUACCAUGGAAUAAUCAGUUGUCGUGUCUCAUCAUAUUCAUAU